AAACGCCACAUUUAUGCAUUGCACUUGAAUAAAAAGGCGAAAUGCGACAAGAUUGAGCACAGAGCUGCAGUGGAGGAAGUGAAGGGGGUUUCGGGGCGACGCUUGAUCCAGACGUUUCUGCUGAAAAUGUGUUUCUUGUGCUUCCUUUGUUUCUGCUGCGGGAUUGUAAAUAAGAGCUUGAGCCAAAAUGGCGGCUGGAGCCGUUGAGCUGCGUCGAGCUACGAGCUAUUGCACUGCGUUUAGUCACACACUUUUAUCAUUUAACGCUCUUUUACGGCUUUCUUUCCCUCUUGGGUGAUGCGUGUGCAGUCGUAGCAGUUGGGAUAAGAUACCUGCUUGCGUUGGCGGUGAAUAUGUAGCGUUUAAUGAAGGGAGUUAGCGAGAUGGAGUCAGUUAGCCAGACAGAUUUGAACGCUUCUAAUGGCAAAUUGCGAUUAUUGUGUUUACAAGACGCGCACUUCUCGCUCUUUUCUGCCUCGUUUUGUUCGUUGAAUGGCUGGAUACGGCGUGUGUGCAAUGCAAUGCUUGCUUUAGUCCUCCAUGUUUGCUGGCGUCUCUCUGUAAUGCCCUUUUUCUUCAAAAAAGGAUGCUUUUGUACACAUGCAAGCUCUCUUUCAAGUCUGCAAGCUCUCUCGUUUUUUACCCAAACCAGACAACUGGCCGUGCCGUGCUCGUCAGCUCGCCUGGUAAAAGCAGCACCGAAACCCAAUCUGGCCAACUGAUCUCACUGCAUUGUUGAAGGCUCUGGCCAAUCUGAAAUGUAAGGUCUUGAAUUCAUUAGUCUCAUCUGAUGCUCAGCGAUCAGGUUGCAUUGAGAAAAGUCUGCUGGAUUUCCAUGAGGAACAAUGACAUGAAUCAUUCUGGGGGUUUGUUUGGAAGGGGGGCGGCGGUUCGUUUGUAUUUCGUGACAGUCUGCUGAAGAGUUUUGUAGGGCACCUCUGGAGGAUUAAUUGAUCAAUUAGGCUUGUGAAGGAGAGAUUACAGCAGAGGAACAGCCACUGCGGUGGGCUCGAUUCAAGCCUUUAUUUAGCAUCUGAAUUGCACUGUUUUUGUGGACCAACCGCUCCAAAUAAAGCCAAACAUUCCUGUUGCAUCUCGGACAAAAAUAGCCGUAUCCUAAACCCAUACAUGAAUGGAAAGCUUAUUUCUUCAGGUUGCUGGAGCCCUUGUGAAGGAGGCGUGGGUCAGCACUCGUCAGCGCGGGCCCUGAGAGGGCGACCCGUCCGGCGGGCAUCGGGGCCAGCGCUUUUUCUUUUCUUUUGAGCGCUUUAGGUUAAACCCGUCUCCCCUGACUCUGACAUCCUGACCCUAGUGCUGCAGCCGGGCUGCUCCUCCACACACAGAUGAAUGAAGACCCCAUUCGGGAAGAACGCGGCCCAGAGACCCAGAGCUGAUGCAGGGCAUGCUGGUGUCUCUGCAAAUAUGAUGAAGAAGAAGAAUUCUCAUAAGAAACACAAAAGCAGCGUAGGCCCCACCAAAGCAGUGGCUCAGCCGCGGAGGAACAUCGUGGGCUGUCGGAUCCAGCACAUCUGGAAGGAGGGCAGCGGCGCGGCGUCGCAGUGGAAAGGCACCGUUUUAGACCAGGUGCCCGUCAACCCCUCGCUCUACCUGAUCAAAUACGACGGCUUCGACUGCGUCUACGGCCUGGAGCUGCACAAAGACGAGCGGGUGCAGGGACUCGAGGUCCUUCCAGACAGACUCGCCUCGACGCGCAUCAGCGACGCUCACCUGGCCGACACCAUGAUCGGGAAAGCCGUGGAGCACAUGUUCGAGACGGAGGACGGCACUAAGAACGAGUGGAGGGGGAUGGUCCUGGCCCGGGCGCCCAUCAUGAACACGUGGUUCUACAUCACGUACGAGAAAGACCCGGUGCUCUACAUGUAUCAGCUGCUCGACGACUACAAAGACGGGGAUCUGAGGAUCAUGCCUGACUCCAACGACUCGCCCCCGGCGGAGCGCGAGCCCGGAGAGGUCGUGGACAGCCUCGUGGGGAAGCAGGUGGAAUACGCCAAAGAGGACGGCUCUAAACGAACUGGCAUGGUUAUCCACCAGGUGGAGGCCAAGCCCUCCGUCUACUUCAUCAAGUUCGAUGACGACUUUCACAUUUACGUCUAUGACCUGGUGAAAGCGUCGUAAGGUGCGGCACGGGACGGGGAGAGGGGGAGGAGUUUCGCGUAAACCAUGUGAUCCACACACAACAACAACAACAACAACAAAAAAAACGUUUUUUUGCCAAAAGUUCUCUCGGAACAUUUCUCGCAAACAUCUUUUGGAAAUGGAACGCUGGAUGUUUCGGUGGAUUACCGCUAGUCAAGUGUCUCUUAUCGUAGGAUGAACGGACGUCACAUCCCCCGACAUACACGUAGCUUCACAUUUCAGAGGUUCGUCUCGAGCAUUUCCCAUUCCUGUUGGUUGUUGCCAAGACGUUCGUUGGGAAAAUACCGUCGCGGGACGCUAAAGUGUUCGUCUGCUGGACUGUUACGGCUCCGUCUUGGGUUAAAAAUUCAAUGGAUCCGGGGUGAAACGCGCCAAGUGUUUAUCCAUUUCGGCCGCGAGAGAAACGCGGCGCUAUCCGUGAAGAAUGGGGAGCGUUCGGGAUGUCCUAAACCUCGUAAAAGUGCCACGAGGUGGAGAAAAUGUCUGGAAAUAAGGCAUCUUUCUGUCCUUGACGUCUUUUGAGUCGGUUGCCAGAUGUUUCUUGUUUUAUCCCUCGGUCUUCUGGCCUCGCCAGAAAUUCGCACACAAGCUCUCUGUCCGUGAAACAAAGGCAUUUGUGGCGUGGAAACCUAUGUUUUGUUUUUAUGCAUUUCGUUUUCUUCUUUUUUAUAUAUAUAUUUAUAUAUAUAUAUAUAUA